AUUUAGUGGUCGCGAUCGAUUAUCGCGAUGAUCGCUAGUGCUACUGUAUGUUCUCGUGGUGGAUGUUGACGUUGGUGAAGGCGUGGUGUUGUUUGACAGUGUAGGCGUCGUGUCGCAGUCGCCUGCCAGUUUCCAGCGCGAGCCUCUGAGAUUCUCGUAACUGAUGCCGCACUGCCAGCUCGAGGAGGCCGAUGUGGUGGUGCGACGGAAACGGGACCCCGAGCGCGAGAAGGACAGAGACAAGGAGAGGGACAAGGACCGCGACAGGGAGCGCGACAGAGACAGGGAGCGAGAGCGGGAGAGGGACAAGGACAAGGAGCGCGAGGACAGGGACCGGGACCGCGAGAGGGAGAGGGAGAGGGAGAGGGACAAGGAGCGCGAUAGGGAGAGGGAGCGGGAUCGCGACAAGGAUCGACGCAGGCGCAGCGCCUCGAGAGGCAAAGAAAGGCGAGAUGAACGUGACAAGGACCGCGAGAGGGAGAGAGAAGAGAGGGAACGAGACAGGGAACGUGAACGCGAACGGGAAAGGGAACGCGAGAGGGAAAUGCGCGAGAGAGAAAGAGAACGCGAAAUACGUGAAAGAGAGAGAGAAAGGGAACGAGAGCGAGACCGCGAAAGGGAGCGGGAAAGGGAACGCGAACGUGAGCGCGAACGCGACAGAGAACGCGAGCGCGAACGUGACAGAGAACGCGAACGCGACCGCGAGCGCGAACGUGAACGAGAACGCUCGGGGUCUCGCGGGAGGGGACGCAGCCGCAGCGAGGCGGAUGCACGGCGAGAGAAAGAGAUGGAAGAGGAGGCGAGGGAGAAGAAACGACUCGAGAAGAAGGCUAGGGAGAAAGAGGCCGCAUACCAGGAGAGGUUGCGAAACUGGGAGGGCCGCGAGCGACGUAAGGCGAAGGAAUACGAGAAGGAGAAAGAGAGGGAACGAUGCCGCGAGGAGGAGCGCGAGCGAGAGGCGAAGAGGCUGAAGGAGUUCCUCGAGGAUUACGACGAUGAGAGGGACGAUCACAAAUACUACAAAGGUAAGGAGCUCCAGCGGCGGCUGAGCGCACGUGUGAGGGAGGCGGAGAGUGACCGUAGAGAGAGACAGCGCGAGCACGAGGAACUGGAGGCGCUUCAUCGGGAACUGUUCGCCCACAGACCCGCCGACGAUCCCGCCGCCACUGCCGCCUUCGAGAAGAUGCGUCGCGAACGUGAGGAGCAAUACAAGCCGCGUCUGCUGAUAGACGUCAGUCUACAAGCGGAACUGCAGCGGGAGCGGGAGAUGCAGCGGGCGAGACAGCGGGAGGACGCCAGGAGAGAGGCUCGGGAACGCGCGGCGCGAGACAGAGAGAGAUAUCUACGCGCUCAAGCCACGCGACAGUUGCCCACCGAAGCUGAACCUAUAGACUCUGAUGACAGCGGGGGCGCGGAGGCGGCAUCGCCCGCGUCCGGGGGCGGGUCCCCGCCGGGGGCGUUGUCCCCCCCGGCGGGCGAGGUGGCGGGGGCCACGACCCCCCCGCGCCGCCACCACCGCCACCACCGCCACCACCACGCCACGCCGCCGCCGCCGCACACGCCCGCCAGUUCAGAUGACGGCGGCGCUACACCCCCACGCCCCCCCUCCGAUACGCAUUCUCGCCGACCGAGCGCGACGUCGACGGGCAGCUCGCCCAUCACGAUAAGCUUCAACAAGACGCGGCCCGCGCCCGCGUCCGCCUCCGCUUCCGCUUCCGCCUCCGCUCUCGCGCCCGCCGGCAGCCCCGCGCCACCCGAUGCCGCCGCAGGUGGCGAUUUGAUGGCGGCGACUGGUCGUCCCCGCAGACAUGCCGCGUUCACUGACGACGAGGACUCGCCCACCACGCCGCGGACGCCGCACAGGCACUCAGGGAAAGAGAAGAAAGACAAAGAGAAGGGCAAGAAGGGCGAUAGUGAAAAGGAGAGCAAGAGUGCGGAGGAGAAACGCAAACACAUUAAGAGUCUCAUCGAUAAGAUACCAACGCAGAAGGAACAGUUGUUCCAGUACAAGUUGGAUACAGCACAGAUCGACGACACGCUGAUGGAGAAGAAGAUCCGUCCGUGGAUAAACAAGAAGAUUAUAGAAUACAUCGGCGAGCCGGAGCCGACUCUCGUCGACUUCAUAUGCAGUAAAGUACUGGCGGGCUCGCAGCCGCAGGGCAUACUGGACGACGUGCAGAUGGUACUAGACGAGGAAGCGGAAGUGUUCGUAGUGAAAAUGUGGCGUCUACUCAUAUACGAAUUGGAGGCGAAGCGCGCCGGGUUACAUAACAAGUGA